CGCAUACGUAGCGCUGCAUACAGUCACAGUUGUGACCGGUUCUGCCACUCUACGGAUCGCUUGGACCAUCCCAACAACGGGCACAGCGGCGCGCGAACGCUAAACGCCGCCAGCUCUCCCACAACACAAGUGCUCUCAUUACUGCACACGCAUCACAGCGGCGUAAAAAGACAGCGGCUCCCGUUCACAACCAGCUACUGGACCGAUGCGCAUCAUUCUGGUCAUCGCUGCGGGCGCGGCCGCCGUCGCCGUCGAGAAGCGCCGAGGCCGGGUGUCGUCGCCGCCGCUGCCACCGCAAAAGGUGCCCGUCAUCGGCAUCCUGGCGCAGCCCUCGACGCGCACGCCCUUCAAGCAGUACGUCGCGUCGUCCUACGUGAAGUGGGUCGAGAUGGCUGGUGGUGUUGCGGUCCCGCUGAGUUAUGUAGCAUCCAAUACAACCACCCUCAACCUAUUGAAGCAGCUCGACGGCGUGCUCCUCCCGGGCGGCUCGAACCCGCCCCUGCCCGACGCCGCGCGCGUUUCCGUAGAAUACGCGCUCGAAGCGGCGACGCGGAACGAGUCGUUUCCCGUCUGGGGGACGUGCCUCGGCUUUGAAUGGUUGGUUGAGAUUCUCGCGCCGGGGGCGUUGCAGACGGGGUUCGAUGCGGAGAAUAUCAGCAUGGCCCUGGAGUUAACGUCCAAGGCGGUGGCUUCAUAUCUGUUGGGCGGCGCGUAUCAAUCUAAGUUGAGGAGCGACCUCGCCACGCAGCCCCUGGCGAUGAAUAACCACUACCGGGGCAUCGAACCGGCGCGCUUCGCGGCUGAUCGUCGGUUAGCUUCGUUUGACGUUGUGUCGACGAACAAAGACCGGCAAGGGAGACCCUUCGUCUCGACCAUUGAAAGCUCCCAAAAUUUGUACGCCGUGCAGUGGCACCCCGAGAAAAACGCCUUCGAGAACGCCCUGGCCGGGGACGGGACGCCGUUCGAAGGUAUUAAUCAUGCGCCGGAAGCUGUCGCGGCGACGUUCGCUUUGGCGCAGUCCUUCGUGGGCCGGGCGCGCGCGUCGCGCCAUCAUUUUGUGGCGCGGGACGCGUGGCGCUUCGAGAAUUGUGUUGUUGGUGAGAAGCACCGGCCGGACUUCGUCGGGGCCUACGACCUGCCGCUCGCUUGGGAUGGGGGGGCGGCGCCUUGUGUAUAGAUGUG